AUGGAGGAUUCAUCUCGGUUUAAUAGGUCAGUCCAGAGAGGGGCCUGGGCCGAGGUUGAGCCGGUAGGAAACCCCGCAGCUGUGAUGCUCCUCCUCGCCGUAUCCAAUGCCGCUUGGCUCGUUCCCCGGUUUUACGACCUCCGUGAUAGCAAGUACCCAGAGCACAAGGAACCUUAUCAUUAUCCCACGUAUUCCACGUGGGCGGAAUUGCAAACAUCCGCUUCUACCUGUGCUCUAUGCGCUCUUAUUGUUCACGAGGCGCAGAGCACUUCAAGACGACCGUAUCCGAAGCCGAGCCAGCCCGGUGUCCUCUUCCAGGCGUCCAGCAGCUCGCGCCUGGAAGUUUGGUGUGCUGAGGCUGGGAAAUAUGCGCAGCUCAACGUUGCUCUCGAUGGAGACGAUAUCCAUCGGAUACCAGCGCACGCAAAAGGUCUGUUCGACUCACGCAUCGUGAGUAGCCAUGCGGGAGAUGGCCGAAAUGUAGCAAUCAUUAGACAUUGGCUUUCGGUGUGCACUUCAUCUCAUACUAACUGUCCAAACUGGGCCUCGUCUCGACGAAUCGGUCGUCGCCAUCUCCCUACUCGGGUCUUAGAUGUUGGAAGGGUGGGAGACGAGUCCAUUCGGCUUCAUCUGUCUUUGGACAGUGACACGUCUGAUUAUAUCGCACUCAGUUACUGCUGGGGUCCCCGCAAAAAUCCAAUCAUGACUACGCGAGAUAGUCUAUCUAGACAUAUCAACACAGGCAUCAAUGUCUCCGAUCUUCCCGAAACGCUACGAGAUGCCGUGCACUUGACUCGACUCCUAAAUGUCAAGUACUUAUGGAUCGACGCCUUGUGCAUUGUUCAACAAGAUCGUGAUGACUGGAUCCGCGAGGCUGCACAAAUGAGUUCUGUUUACUCACAGGCCCUCCUCACAAUCGCCGCCGAUGGAGCCGCGGACACAUACGCGGGACUAUUUCGAGAGAGAUCGGAACGUCAUGGAACCUCUGUAGAGCUACCGUGGCCGCUGGAGGAACCAGACGACGGGGCGGGGCCAAUCAAGUUACACAUCACACCGCACUUCCGGAGUUUCAAGGACGAGAUGGGGAGUACACCGCUGUCAAAAAGAGGAUGGACAUUUCAGGAGCGUGCGUUGAGCGCCAGAAUCGUCCACUUCACGCCCGAGAUGUGCUAUUGGGAGUGCAAGGACGCCUGUAUCGGAGAGGAUGAGGAAAUUGGAAAGUACAACGUGCAGGAUGGCUUCUUUCAUCUCAAGGACCUAUUGCUUCCUCCAGACAGAGAACGAGCACUUACGAAAGUCCGCAUGCACGACAAGUGGGCUUGGGUCGUGGAAAAAUACACUCAUCGCCAACUAACGAAUGCAGGGGAUCUGUUUGCAGCGCUGGAGGGAGUAGCUGUGGUUUUUGCAGAGAAAGACAUACUCGGGAAGUAUUGCUGUGGGCUUUGGGAAGAUGACUUUCUGCGGCAUUUGCUCUGGUUUAGCAGCCGGCCUGAAGACGGGAGUCAGGGGCUUCCGCAUCGGAGACCUGAUCAGUACCGCGCGCCAACGUGGUCGUGGGCUUCGAUUCACGGACCCGUGGAGAAUCCGGCAAUCCAGAUCUACUUUGAGUUUUCUUCUGCGGGGAGCGAAAUGACGCAGCAGCUUGGGAAAGAUGGCUUGCUGUCUCACGUCGUUCUUGAUGUCGAAGCAGUUUCGGUCGAAGUGGAGGGUUCGUCUGGUUUCGGGCCUGUGCGGUCGGCGUCGCUGAAGGCCAAGGGCGUCCUUUGUCCUAUUCUUCUUGGAAGGCAGGUCAAAAGGAGAGAGUAUGAGCUGGUGAUCGACGGUGGCGACGUUGUUGGGUCAGCGAUAUGGGAUGUUGAUGAUGAGCCGCCGGUGAAUUUGAAGCUCUGGAUCUGUCCUGUCAUGCAACGGCAGAAGGUGGCUGCUGGGUGGGCAGAAUAG